GUUUCAUUCUAAACAGCGCGAUAUUAAAUUUGACAGGCCAAUGACUGUUACGCUGAGCUGUCAGAUGUCUACGAGCUCAUAUCGUUGAAUGCGUAACGGAACGAAUCUUUCUUAAUUUGUUUCCUUUUUGUGUCAGCGGCCGUUAUUCUUCACAAGCGAGACUCCGAGGCUGACGACUGCCUUCUUUACUGAAAAUCCACACAACAAACGGAUGAUCUUAUUUAAUGUCAUUUGUCAUUUCAAUCAGAACCAUUUGCGCGUCGCAAUACGCUUCGGAUACGUCUGCGCUCGCGUAUUCGGAACGACAUAAAGCCAGUCACGUCUUCUCCUGUGUUAAGACUAUAAAAAAAAGCCGACGAGUGACAGUUUAAAUAUAACAUUUUGUGAAUGGAAAUGGAAAGCAUUCCAUUAGGGUUUAACAUUCUCAGAAAGUAGUUUAGGUCGGAUAAGCUUCACUUAAAAAUGUGCGUAAAUCACGCAAUCGAGCAUAAUUAACUGGCGGGGAUUCGGUAAAAGCAGAGGUCGCUGAUGUUUACUUUCUAAAAGGCGCUGUCGAGGUCUGGGAGGUGCUGAAAUCUACUCGAGCUCAGUUCCGCGUGAUUGGCAAGCUUGACAGUGAUCGACAGGCGUCGGUGGAAACUACGCAACCAAUCUGCCAAGUCCAAUAGAAAAACAGAAGCGGGCAGCACCAGCACGUCUUUUCCCUUCUCAAAAAACAUGUUAAUUCUUGUGCUAUAAUCUCGUGCCCUCCGAGACAGCCUCAGACCGAUAGAGCGGCAUCUCCAUUUCUCUGCAUCGUAUACGUUCAUCUGCUGACUCUGGAAUUGCCUUUUUGUCUGGAUUCGACUGGGGGAGACAGGUAAAAGCCACAUAAAGCACGAAGCUGUGCUUGAGGUAAAGAGGACUCCGAGGGGAAAACAGAAGCCUUCAUGUUUCAGUUGCCAAUCUUGAAUUUCAGUCCCCAGCAGGUAGCGGGGGUAUGCGAGACUUUGGAAGAGAGCGGAGACAUCGAGCGUCUCGGCCGAUUCUUGUGGUCGCUGCCCGUAGCCCCCGCUGCCUGCGAGGUGCUCAACAGAAAUGAGUCUGUGCUAAGGGCGCGGGCUAUCGUAGCCUUCCACACUGGGAAUUUCCGUGAGCUUUACCACAUUCUGGAGAACCACAAGUUCACUAAAGAGUCCCAUUCCAAACUGCAAGCACUUUGGCUGGAGUCACACUACCAGGAGGCAGAGAAGCUCCGAGGCCGCCCGCUGGGGCCAGUGGACAAAUACCGGGUACGGAAGAAGUUCCCUCUGCCUAAAACAAUUUGGGAUGGAGAACAAAAGACGCACUGCUUUAAAGAAAGGACCCGGCAUUUACUUCGAGAAUGGUACCUCCAGGAUCCUUAUCCGAACCCAAGUAAAAAGAGAGAGCUUGCACAAGCUACGGGACUCACUCCCACUCAAGUGGGCAAUUGGUUUAAAAAUCGAAGACAAAGGGACAGAGCCGCGGCCGCUAAAAACAGGUUACAACAGCAGGUGUUGUCUAAUGGUUCGGUUCGGUCCCUAACUGGAGAGGAAGGUGCAGUAGACCGACUGGGGAACGCGUCGAGCCCUGAAGCGAGCCUGUCGAGCAAAGCCGCUGCGUCGGCUAUCUCCAUCACUUCAAGUGACAGCGAAUGUGACAUCUAACAUCGCACCACGAACCGGCCCGCGGGCUAUACGGGAAGACUAUGAGAAAAUUAACACAUACGAAGGAAAUCGAGACAGACAAUCAGCAAGAUAAACAAGCACAUUAGUGCCUGCCUUAACGUAUCAGAGGCCGU